AAUGCGGCGUACGAGGUACGUUGCAUUGCCAGUACGAGCUUGGCAGUAUGUCGGCCUUCUGGUGGUAUCCCUCGCCUGUCUCACGCUAGGUCUGGUCUCCAGGGAUAAGGAAGGUCGAGCAGGAAGCCUGGCGGGACCCGAGUUAAAACAUCAAGCUCCUCACCAAGUGGACGCCUGCCCGAAUUUGAGCCCUUUCACCAAGAUGCCUUCUUGCUCGAGUUUCGAGCAAAACCAGACCAGCAUUUCGAAGACGACCAAACAAACUAGAAACUCCAGAAUUUCCCUCCUACCAACCGAUCCAAGAAUGUCCCGAUCUCGAAGCUUAGAUCGUGCCUCCGGGAUACGGUCUCAAACUCGAGCGGACUUUACGAGCACAUUGGACAGACUGGGCAGACAGAGAAGCAAUAUCGAAUACGGUUCGAGACGUACCGUGGAAUCGAGACAUAGAACACAAGAUCGUGCAAGACGCGUAUCUGAUUCUGCGAUCCGAUUGCAGAUCAUUCGAUCGCUCGACUCUAGAACUACACGGGAUCUUGCUGAACGAAGAUCGCUCGAAAGGUCUACCGACAUCGAUAGGCGUCGUCAAGUAAAUAGGCGAGUAAUCGAUUCCCAAGAACGUGGAAACCUUGUACGCUCUAUGGAACGACUGACUUUUACCGCCGAUUCCCGUCGAGAAAGAAACGAACGAUCUCCGAGGAACGUGGAUAGACGAAAUCGUAUCCAAACGACGAUCAGACGCGACUCUAGACUGGAUCGAGACCACGGAUUUUUUACCAGAAUGGAACAACGCGAAGCGACUGACCAACGACGACACUCUUCCGUUGCAUCGUUAAGACGUUCCGUAGACAAUUUCGAUCGAGAGAGAAACAACAGACUGAACUUGGCUCGCGAACGACGCGAAUCUUCGCCUGUCAGGGCAUCUGAAAUUACCAGCAAUUACUUAAAGGAACGACGAGUUGGGAGUUUGUCCAACGAUCGAAGAUCAGAACGUCGAUCGUUCGUGGAUUCUAGAAGAAACUCAGAAAGGCGAUCUGCACCCGUCGAAUCUGAAAACCACGUAGAAGGUAGAACCGAUCGCAGACUCGUGAAACGGACAGACAAUCGUCUCGUUCAUCAACGUGUAGAUCGUAGACUUAGCGAAGAAGGAGUUCACCGUCGUCAUGCAGACCAAACAGCUGAACGUCGACUCAUGGAACGAGGAACCGACCGACGUCUCAUGGAACAAAGAGCUGACCGACUCGUCGUGGUAAGGCGAUCCACGUCCGUCGAAUCUCGAAUCCGCAAAGAAGCCAGAACCACCGAUCGACGACACAGGGAAAGGCGAACCGCGUCUAUCGAAUCCCAGAACCGUGAAGAAGCUAGAGCCGAUCGCCAACAAUCGGAACGAAGAACUAAUCGACGUCUCAUGGAACAAAGAGUUGACCGACUCGUCGUGGAAGGGCGAUCCACACCCGUUGAAUCUCGAUUCCGCAAAGAAGCCAGAACCACCGAUCGACGACACAGGGAAAGGCGAUCCGCGUCUAUCGAAUCCCAGAAUCGCGAAGAAGCUAGAACCGAUCGGCAACAACUGGAACGAAGAACUAACCGAUAUCUCAUGGAACAAAGGGCUGACCGACUCGUCGUGGAAGGGCGAUCCACACCCGUUGAAUCUCGAUUCCGCAAAGAAGCCAGAACCACCGAUCGACGACACAGGGAAAGGCGAUCCGCGUCUAUCGAAUCUCGAAAUGGCGAAGAAGCUAGAACCGAUCGGCAACAACUGGAACGAAGAACUAACCGAUAUCUCAUGGAACAAAGGGCUGACCGACUCGUCGUAGAAAGGCGAUCUACACCCGUUGAAUCUCGAUUCCGCAAAGAAGCCAGAACCACCGAUCAACGACGCAGGGAAAGGCGAUCCGCGUCUAUCGAAUCUCAAAAUCGCGAAGAAGCUAGAACCGAUCGCCAACUUGUGGAACGAAGAACCGACGCGCGACUCAUUGAACAAAGGGCCGAUCGACGACGACUGGCCGUGGAAAGGCGAUUCACACCCGUUGAAUCUCGAUUCCGCAAAGAAGCCAGAACCACCGAUCAACGACACAGGGAAAGGCGAUCCGCGUCUAUCGAAUCCCAGAACCGUGAAGAAGCUAGAGCCGAUCGGCAACAAUUGGAACGAAGAACUAAUCGACAUCUCAUGGAACAAAGGGCUGACCGACUCGUCGUGGAAGGUCGAUCAACACCCGUUGAAUCUCGAUUCCGCAAAGAAGCCAGAACCACCGAUCAACGACGCAGGGAAAGGCGAUUCGCGUCUAUCGAAUCCCAGAGCCGCGAAGAAGCUAGAGCUGAUCGCCAACUUGUGGAACGAAGAACCGACGCGCGACUCAUUGAACAAAGGGCUGAUCGACGACGACCGGCCGUGGAAAAGCGAUCCACGUCCGUCGAAUCUCGAGUUCGCGGGGAAACCAGAAUUGAUCGUCGACUUAUGAGAGAAAGGGCUGAUCGUCAACUCGUGGAACGUCGUCUCACAGGGCAGAGAAUCGAUCGGCGAGACUUGAACUCGAGACGAUCGGUACGACAGACGCUCGACAUCGAUAGAUCUCAAGGGACCGGCACUAUGCUUACUCGUCUUGAAAACGACAUUCGCUCUAGCCAGAAGGGACAAAGAUUCGCUGACAAAGCACGCGCAGCCCUGGCAACUUCUCCAGAUAGAUCUAUAAACGAUAUCGGACGAUCUCGCUCCGUGGAAAGGGACAUUCGCUCUGCGGAUAGAGAUUCUCGUUCUCGAAGCCAAUCGAUCCAAGAUUCAAUCGUUCUGCGAGGACGAGACCGGUCUCAACAACGGAUUUCCAGGAUCCCUGUCAGUACACGUUCCUUGACAGUACGAGAGAAAAGUGAGGCACGCGGCAACGAUUUCAUGCCCAGGAUGAAGAUUUUAGGCGCCACGGACUUCCUAAAACAACGAAACUCCAUGAAUUACGCGUUUACAUUUGAAAUUAUCCGUCAGGCACUCACAAUUGGACUUUGUACGAUGUACGGAUUAUCCAUUUUCUACGGGAAACGUUCUUUCAUUAGAAACUUCGUGAGACAGGGACCGCAAUUUACUAUAUGGUAGACUCUUAUCCCGAGGAAAAACGACGAUUAGCUACUUCCAAGACCUGCUUUUAGUCAUUGUUCUAGCGUAAUUUUUUCUUCCACUAUACUAUACUAUGUACUUGCUAUGUACUCAACGAAAAAACUGUAUAUUGAGAGAAAUGUGUCGCAUGUAUUUGAAAAGAUAUAUUUUAUCUGAAUAAACUGUUCAAACGAAAGUCAAA